AUGACUCGAGUCGUAGCUAGGAAAGCCCAUCGGAAGUGCAAAUGCAACACCAUGAACGCAAAUCUCCCGCUUAUUGCAGCGUUUAUCAAUUUUAUCGUCAUUUGUUUAGCAGACACACUCAGCCCCGAGAUGCAAAUGUACUGGGAAAACCACAUGGUGCAGCCGUACUUCGAUAACACCACCAAGCGCGAAGUGACGGCUAUUGCUGGACAAACCUGCCAGCUGCAUUGCCGCGUGAAGAGUCUCGGGGACAGAGCGGUAUCAUGGAUACGAAAGCGCGAUCUACACAUACUGACGGUGGGGAUUCUUACCUACACCAACGACCAGCGCUUCCAGUCGCUGCACACAGACGGAAGCGAUGAAUGGACGCUGCGAAUAACUUCGCCACAGGCCCGUGAUUCGGGUGUGUACGAGUGUCAGGUGUCAACCGAACCGAAGAUCAGUCAAGCAUUUCGCGUGAAUGUUGUCGUUUCGAAAGCGAACAUCCUGGGCAACUCGGAACUGUUCGUGAAGAGCGGCAGCGACAUCAACCUGACCUGCGAGGCCCUACAAUCACCACAGCCACCUUCCUUCAUCUACUGGUACAAAGGUGGCCGGGUAAUCAACUACUCACAGCGUGGCGGUAUUAGUGUGCUGACGGAGCAGCAGACCCGCACCAGCCGGUUGGUCAUAUCGCGAGCGUCUCCGUCCGACUCCGGCAAUUAUACCUGCGCUCCGAGUAACUCCGAUUCGGCUAGCGUUGUGGUUCACGUCAUCAAAGGCGAACAUCCGGCUGCGAUGCAACACGGAAUAAAUGGCGCUAACGUGGCUCAUUCAUCAACAUAUAUAGUUAUGGUGAUCAUAUCGGUCUGGUUGCAGCUUCUUCUACUUGCACCGGCACCAUCGAGUGCGUCCCCAGCAUGUGCAGCUGUGCGAUAG